AUGUCAUCCCCAGCCCCCGCCCUCCCCUCUUCCUCCGCAGGCGGAGCCUACCCUUCCUCCUCCGCCCCCGCCGGUUCCCGCCCCGGGGUCGACCCGAACGCUUUUGACAAUAUCCGCGGCUUGCAGGGCUCGCACCCCGCUGACGAGGCCGAAGAGGCCGACGAGACGGGUGGUGGAGGUGGUAGGAGGCGGGGAGGGCGGAGUGCGCGGACGCAGAAUGUGGAUGAUAUUCCACGGGUGAAGGAUACGACUGGGGAGAAGGUUAUGGAGAGUUUCCAGGUGUUCCUGGAGAACUACACGGAACAGAUUGCCCUCCCCGAUACGCCCGCCUCGGCCAUCUCUCCCCGUCCUACCGCAGACGACGACUCCAAAUUCUACAUUGCCCAAAUCAAAGCUCUGAAAGAAUUCGAGCUCACUACCCUCUACGUCGAUUUCGGGCACCUUCUCGAGCGCGAAGAGAUCCUCGCUCGCGCCAUCCAAUCGCAGUACUACCGCUUCCUCCCCUACCUGCGCCGAGCCUUCCAGGGCCUCGUACGGAAAUACGAGCCGACCUACCUCUACACAUCGACGACAGUCUCCACUGCCCCGUCUGCGACGGGAAGCAGUUCCGGCUCUUCCCUCCAGACGCGGGACUUUGGGAUUGCCUUCUACAACCUGCCGUUGACGAGCGGGAUUCGGGAUCUCAAGAUGGCGAGAAUUGGCCAGCUGGUCAGUAUUUCGGGGACGGUGACGAGGACGUCGGAAGUUAGGCCGGAGCUGGUCUCUGGGACGUUUGUGUGUGAGGGGUGUAGGGCGACGAUCAGGGAUGUAGAGCAGCAGUUCAAGUACACCGAGCCUAUCAUGUGCCAAAACUCGACCUGCAACAACCGGAUCGGAUGGCAGCUCAACAUCGAGCAAUCCAAAUUCGCCGACUGGCAGAAGGUCCGGAUCCAAGAGAACGCCAACGAGAUCCCUACCGGAUCCAUGCCUCGGUCUCUGGACGUCAUUCUCCGGUCGGAAGUCGUCGAGCGGGCCAAAGCAGGCGACAAGUGCACCUUCACCGGAACCUUCAUCGUCGUGCCCGACGUCUCGCAGCUCGGACUCCAAGGCGUCAAUGCGUCCAUGCAGCGGGAGAACCAAGGUGGUCGAGGCGAGGGCGGCGUGGCCUCCCAAGGUGUCACUGGCCUCAAAUCCCUCGGUGUCCGGGAUCUGCAGUACAAGACUGCUUUUCUGGCGUGUAUGGUCCAGUCGGCGGAUACGCGCGCGGGAUCGACAGACGUCCGGGGUGAUCUCGAUGAAGGGAACGAGGACCAGGAGGCGUUCCUAAACAGCUUGACGCAGCAGGAGGUGGAUGAGCUCAAGAAUAUGGUGAAUACCGAUAAUAUCUACCAGCGGUUGGUGGGGAGUAUAGCGCCGACGGUGUACGGGCACGAGAUUGUCAAGAAGGGGAUUCUGUUGCAGUUGAUGGGGGGUGUGCAUAAGCAGACGCAGGAGGGGAUCCACCUGCGAGGGGAUUUGAAUGUGUGUAUUGUAGGGGAUCCGAGUACUUCCAAGUCGCAGUUCCUCAAGUACGUCUGCGGUUUCCUCCCCCGUGCGGUCUACACUUCGGGCAAAGCCUCUUCCGCCGCCGGUCUCACGGCCGCUGUCGUCCGAGACGAGGAGUCUGGCGAGUUCACCAUCGAAGCCGGAGCGCUCAUGCUGGCCGAUAACGGUAUUUGCGCCAUUGACGAAUUCGACAAGAUGGACAUUGCCGACCAGGUCGCCAUCCACGAAGCGAUGGAACAGCAGACCAUCUCGAUCGCCAAGGCCGGUAUCCAAGCGACACUCAACGCGCGUACCUCCAUCCUCGCGGCCGCGAACCCCGUCGGCGGGCGAUACAACCGCAAGAUGAGUCUCCGGGCCAACGUGGCCAUGUCGGCGCCUAUCAUGUCGCGCUUCGACCUCUUCUUUGUCGUGCUCGAUGAGUGCAACGAGGCGGUGGAUCUCAAUAUCGCGAGGCAUAUUGUGAAUGUGCAUCGGUUUAGGGAUGAGGCGAUUCAGCCUGAGUUUGGGACAGAGGCGCUGCAGCGGUAUAUCCGGUAUGCGAGGACGUUCUCGCCCAAGCUUACUACGGCGGCAUCAGCGGUACUGGUCGACAAGUACAGGUCGCUCCGUCAGGACGAGGGCGGAGCGGGGAAGAGUAACUUCCGAAUCACCGUUCGUCAGCUGGAGAGUAUGAUCCGGUUGUCGGAAGCUAUUGCUCGCGCAAACUGUCAGAACGACAUCACCCCCGCUAUCGUCCGCGAAGCCUACUCGCUCCUCCGUCAAUCCAUCAUCCACGUCGAGCAAGACGACAUCAACUUUGACGAGGAUGACGACGAGGACGACGAGAUGGCCGGUGUUCUCCGUAGCAAUACCGCCGCGAACGGUCGGUCUUCCGGCACGAACGGCACGGCGACCGGCAACGAGAUGGAUGAAGACGAGGAUAUGAUGGAUGCUGCGGAUAUAGCGGCGGCUGAGGCGGCGGAAGCGAGCUUUGCGGAGGCGCGGGCUCAGGCGCAGGCUACUGCGGAAGCCAAUGGAGGGCAGCAGCCGAAUGGGUCUGGAAAGAAGAAAAUGAAGAUCACCUACAACCGAUACAUGGAAAUCAUGAAUAUCGUGGUUCUCCAUCUAUCCGAUGUCGAGCGGGAAGAAGGUGAUGGAGUCGAGAGGGAAGAGUUGAUCCAGUGGUAUCUCGAACAAAAGGAGACCGAGUUUGAGACGGAGGAGGAUCUGGAGCACGAGCGGGCGUUGAUUACGAAGGUUCUGAGCAGGCUGGCAAGGGAAAACUACCUGCUCGAGCUCCGUGGAUCAGUCCGUGAAGGUCUUCGACCGAGCGGCGAGGAAAGCCUCGAGAGUGCCGAUACGAACGAAGGGGAGGAGGAGGGCGAGGGCAAGGUGUCGUAUGUCGUUCAUCCGCAGGUGGAUCUGUCGGACUUGUCUUCGUCGAUCCCGGUAUGA